CAACAAAACACUGUCGCUCCUUCGCGUUGCGGUUCGGCACGACGACGUGCCUCUCUGUUGUGUAUUUUACAAAUUGUAUCAAAAAAUGUCGAAAAUGGCAGGAAGAGGUCCCUCAAGCCGUGUUGUGGAAACAGACACGCCCAUCGCCUAUGUACAAAUGGAUGGAUUGGCGAUGAUGAAAAUCAUUAAACACUGUCAUGAAGAGAGUGCAGGAAAUUUGAAAAUGGCUCAAGGUGCUCUUCUUGGUCUGGUCGUGAAAAAUCGUCUUGAAAUCACAAACUGCUUCGCCUUCCCAAAGAAUGAUGAAUCAAUGGACGAAGAGGAGUAUCAGUUAAACAUGAUGAGGCGACUGCGACGAGUCAAUGUUGAUCAUUUCCAUGUGGGCUGGUAUCAGAGUUCGGAUGUGGGCAAUUUCCUCAGCUUGUCGCUUUUAGAAAGUCAGUUCCACUACCAGACCUCUAUCGAUGAGUCAGUAGUUGUUAUCUACGACACUGCUAAAACUGCCCGUGGGUUUUUGACAUGCAAGGCUUACCGUCUUACGCCACAAGCCAUUAACAUGUACAAAGAGGGGGAGUUUACACCAGAGGCUUUGCGUAACCUUAAAGUUGGUUUUGAAACCUUGUUUGUGGAAGUUCCUGUUGUUGUAAAGAACUCUCUGCUAACCAAUAUUAUGCUUACCGAAAUUGAUGAGAUGGUACCUGAAGAUGAAGGAACCAAAUUCCUUGAUUUGGGCACUGCAUCUGUAUUAGAGGGUCAAUUGAGAAGUAUGAUGGACAGGGUUGAUGAGCUGAACCAAGAAGCUAUCAAAUUCAACCGCUUCCAAGUCCAAGUCAUUAGGCAACAGCAAGACAAGCAUCGUUUCACCCUCAAGAGGGCUCAAGAAAAUGCAGCUCGUUCUGCCAAGGGUGAACCACCUCUUCCAGAGGAAGACCUAUCGAAACUGUUCAGGCCAAUUCCAGUGCCUCCUCGUCUCAACCCUAUGAUCAUUGCUGGACAGAUCAGCACUUACAGCCAGCAUAUCUCUCAAUUCUGCUCUCAAUCACUCGCCAAGUUAUAUAUCACCCAAUCUCUACAGCAAGCCAAAGAGAGCGCUAACAACUAGGCAAACUGUUAUACUUGUCAUGCGUGUGAUACACAUUCACCCUAUGGACCUUUAUCUUGAAUGAAUCCAGAAGGAUUCUUAAUUUCAGUUCAAUGAAAUUGUCCUGAAGAACUUCUGCCACCAUCCUGUUAAAUUUGGUCUCAUGGAAUUCGCAUUUUCAUACUUUUGCUUGGUUUCUUUUUCUAUCUAAAUACAAAGCAAAUGGUGUUUUAAUAACUGCCUUGUAUGUAUCAAAUUUAAAUUUGUUUCUCAGAAUUGUGUCAUUUUGUAUUUUUGUGGAUUAUGAUGCCAAGUACAUGUAUUUUACUCGGCACCAUCAUACUUUUUUACAAGCUAUCGAAUUGUGCUGCUGUUAAAAUUUUGUAUCAGCUACUGUAUCAGUAAAUGAGGAAAGAAAAACAUCUUA